AUGGUAGGACUUGAUAGAAGACACAGAAGUAUAUCUAGAUUCACACAAUACUUCAUUAACGCUAGGGGAGAUGAGUACUGGCCUCUUGUGAUGGACAUUGCCUGCAGAAACAGUCUCGCCAAAAUAAAACGGUGUAUGCCUAUUAUGGGUCAUAGUGAGACAGAUGAGCUCAGUGCAGCUCACGUUCUGUAUGUAUGUAUGCAAUGUGCCGACCCUUUGUUCCUAGAGGCAGAUAUUUGCCAGCUUGGGAUGGAUCAGCAAACAGUGAAUCUGCUAGCAAGAGACUACUGUGAUGAGACUGAGAGGGGGAACAAACCUGUCAUCUUGUCUCACCAUAUGCUUCCGACAAAGAUGUCUAAGAAUGAUCCUUCAUCUGCCAUCUUCAUGGACGAUGAUGAGGGUGAAGUUAAUAGGAAGAUAAAAAAGAAAGCUUACUGCCCUCCGAAGAUUGUGGAAGGUAACCCAUGCCUGGAAUACGUCAAAUACAUCAGUCUACCAUGGUUCAAUGAGUUCACUGUCGAACGAGAUGAAAAACACGGUGGUAACAAGACCUUCGAUAACUUUGAAGACAUUGCUGCUGACUAUGAGAGCGACAAGUUGCACCCUAUGGAUCUGAAGAACGCUCUGUCGAAAGCAUUGAAUAAUAUACUGCAAGUGAGUAUUUCUUUCUAUAACAACAAUACCGUUAUAGUAUUAGCAAACGUUUCUUUUGUAUAGUUUUUUUUUUUUGGGACAACUUUAAUCUGUGUUUUACGCAUAUUGCAGCCUGUCCAUGAUCAUUUCAA